GAGAAAAGGGUAACUUUUGUUGAUCUAGGGCUCCACAGCAGUUAGUAACAUUGGAUUGGUUUUCGUUUGUCAAAUAUCCGUUGGAUUGCAGCAUGUAUUUGCAGCGUCAACCUUAUGCAGUGGCAACAUAUUCCGUAGUUAAAACAACCAUUGUGCCAAUGCUGGACUUGUGUGGGUUUAUGGAGGAACUGAGGAACUGAGCCUGCACCUCAGGUGGGCCACUACAGCAAGAAGCAGAAUUAACUCACUAUGCGUGCCACUGGGGAGCUGACGGGCCGCUCGGACGGCCGGCGUGAGCUCCGGGCCCUGCUCCUGAGGGUGGAGGAGGCCCACCGGGCCGACAUCCUCACCUACUGCUCAGGACACCUGAACCCCAACAGGCGGCCCCAAAAGACACCCAACGGGACAGUGACAGCAAAGGAGCCCAAAUGGACGGGUUCUUCUGCCCCAGAGAAAGGUGCGGUCCCGCGACCGCCUGCCCGAAUUCAGCCUGAGGUAGAGCGGAGGAAGAACGGUCUGGCCAUCGCCACGGUCACUGCUGCGGCCGCUCCGGUCACUCUCGACCCUCCUCAAUCUGAAAGGGGGCGGAAACGUCCCUGCCACCCCCUGGAUCCGACACGGGCGCUUCUGCUCAGAGCGAGCCGGUCAGGGGAGACCGGGCUGGCCGCCGGAGAGCCAGAGGAUCGGAGCUGCCUCGCGGUCGCAGAGUCUCUCAUCGCGGGCGUGACUCGCGGGGACCGGCUGCAGACGAGGCGGAGGUUCGAACGCUCUGUCCUGGAGACGCCAGAUCUGAGGGAACCGAAGGGCCUGGGCCGGGGCAAGGCUGCCGAGAAGCAGGAGGAGCGGCUGGAACAGGUCCUGAAGGAGCUGUGUGCUGAGCCCCAGCUGGGCAGAGAGAGGCUGCACCUCUUCAGCAGCGUCUUCGGUGAUGUGUGCAGUGGAUCACAAGUCUUUGGGGACAUUCUGAGGGAGAUCAAGACAGAGUAUGAUCUCCAUCUGAACUCGGUCCUCAGUUCCCAGUCAGACCCACAUAGCACGGCACACAUGCCUGGGCCUGCUCCUGCUGGGGACCUGGAGGAGGUGCGGGAGGAGGUACUGAGGCUAGAGCACGAUGCCAGAAAAGCCCUGGUGGACAACGACCAAGCCAGGAUGGAGCUGAAGAGGGAGAGAGAUCAAGUUCAGCAAAUGAAUGGGGAGCAAAAGCAAGUGGACCAACAGGAUCCGAAGCAGGGGGAGAUUCUGGUCUCCCCUAGCGACCAGGUUCUGCAGAAGAGGCGUCAGGUGCGGACUGUGCUGGAGGAGGUCCGGCUCCUUGAGAGUGUGAUCAGAAAACAGAUGGCUCCCAAAGACGCCGUCCGUGCCACAGAGAGAUGCAUCCGAGACUUGGAGGCUGAAAUAAUGGCACUCUCCACCUCCAACGAACAUCUUUGUGAAGCUAAUGAGGAGUUGCAGAGAAGCAUUUCUUCGCUCCUGGACAAGGAAAAAAUCACCAGUGAGAUGCAAAAGGAGUUCUGGGGAAGAUUUGGACACCCGGAGACAUAAAGACGAAGAUAUUAAUGUUUUUCUGUUUCUGAAAUACUGCAUAUGAUAAUAGAGGCCGUCUUCACAAGGUUCAUCGCCACUGUGACUGCAUUCACUGCUUUUGUUAUGAACGGCCAAACACCUUGUUGCCCUGAUUAGAAAUGUUAGCUUGUAAUCAAUUAACAUCUGUCCUAAACUUUGACCUACAAGUAAACGCAAGUGUUCCACAAACUCAGGUUGGCAAGUUAGUUUUUAGCAAUCACUGAACUGAAAACAAAUCUUGCUUUAAUUACUUUUCAAAGUUAAGGACAAAUCAAGUCCCAGCCAUUUUCUUUCCUGUGAGCUCAGAUUAAAAUAGGUGCUGAUGUUAGCCACAGCACAUUGGCCAUUUGCAGUAUAUAUUUUUUACCCCUUAUAAAUAAAGCCUUUUUAACUUUUGUACCUCCA